AUGAUCAUUUCAAAGCUAUCGACUUUGCUGCUCAGUCUGCCGCUAGCGGGGCUGGCAGCGGCUGGCACGCCUACAUGCUCAGCUGGUCCUUCGCUGGGAGUGCCCUCAUCAUGCAGCACGCAUACCAGCAACGGCAAAAUCAUUGAAGAGGUGACCUACACCUUCACCCAUUUGACCACCAAGACUCCAGCGCCGAGCUCCUCUACGGAAUCAAGCAGCUCAACUCCUGUCGGCCAGACAAGCAAAACGGCAUCUACACCGGUCAUUCCUUCGGGGACCACCACCACCUCGUCAGGCCCAGCUGGAACUGGCAGCACUACGACAGGCAAGCCUGGAAACUCGUCGAGCUCAACUUCACCAAGUGACCCAUCCUCUCCAUCCUCUCCUUCUUGGCCUGGCCACCCUCCAUCAGGCAGUCCUAGCAGCACGCCUGUUGCCCCAAGCAGCGGCUCAUCUACCAACCCAGAUACCUCUGGAGGACCCUCAUCGAACCGAUCAGGCAAUCCUACAUCGCGGCCUCUCAUCCCGAUGACUUCGGGCCAGGGAUUCACCUCCGGUCCAGCCAGCACUUCUCCGCCAUCGAAGACAUCAACGGUGAUAUCUAGCGGCAGCAUCACGAUUACGCCCCACUACUCGUCGACCGAUUACCCUGCUUAUGCUAGUCUCACGGGCACAAUCACAACGACCACGACAGACAACGGUGGCCAUGAUGUUCCCCUAGUCGUUGGACCCCAUGGACGUGGCUGGAAAUGCUAUAUCGGUUGCGGAGGACCUCCAGGAGGUUCAGGUGGUGGAGGUGGUGGAGGAGGGUCAGGUCCCGACAUUCCUGUGCCUAACCCUCCCAGUCUCCCUGAUCCAACCCCCAAUGACCCCAACAACCCCGGAGAUCCAGAUGGUGAUCCAUCAAACACACCAGAUCCGUCCGAAUCGCCAUCCGAGACUGCAAGCAACGAAUCGACCAGUGAACCGACCAGUUCUCCAACGAGUUCGCCUACCAGUUCUCCAUCUACCACUACGCCUUCGAGCACCCCAUCGAGAACGUCUCCAACAUCCAGUCCUAGGAGCACUAGCACUCCUAGCUCCAGCGGAUCAUCGAGGUACCCAAUAUCGAUGGUCGUCCAAUCCGGAUAUGCCGAUUCUUUCGAUAUAGCAUCGCAGGAUAAUGCCGGUUUCUCGUCUCUUGCGGCGAAGCUCGAACGCGAGUGGAACGCACUGAGCAAGUCCGGGUCUAUGAGAAGUACUUUCAGCUCUGCGCCUAAACCUAAGCCCUCCACUCCUCUUGUUCCCCAACCGUCAGCGACUCCAACCCCAGCUCAGACGUCAAUUCCUCUGGUUGGCUCGCCUAUUACGUUUACUCCAGUCUCAGAAACUCCGAGUGACUCUGCGACGGAGUUGCCAAGUUCUGCUACAGAGCCGGAGUCAUCUUCUAGCAGUGCCGAAUACGUCUGGCCAUGGAUGAUCGGACCAUAA